AUGGCAGCACAAUUGCCAGUCUUGCCAGUCAAACAGAGCAUGGAGUCCGUAUUCAAGCGCAUCUAUCCAGCACCACUGACAGAGCAGGUGCGCUCCAGCGAUGGCAACAUCUAUAUGUAUCGCCUAAUGCGGUUUAUAGGCUGGGUGCCGCCCAAAAAGGGCGCACUGCGUUAUCUCUAUCGCUUCUGGACUUGCAUACCGUUUAUCUUUGGCGUGUUCUAUUUGCCAUUUGGCUUUGCCAUCAGCUAUGUGCGUGAGUUUAAGCAGUUUACGCCUGGCCAGUUCUUCACCUCGCUGCAGGUGGGCCUCAAUUGCUAUGGCGCCUCGGUGAAGUGCAGCAUCACGUACUUAUCGCUGGGGCGGCUGUUCAAGGCGGUGCAGCUGGUGGACAGACUGGACGAGCGACUGCGCACUGACAGCGAUCGUCAGCGAAUUCAUCAGAUGGUGGCACGCUGCAAUUUGGCAUUUCUCGUCUUUAUGUUCACCUACUGCGGCUUCUCGUUUAUGACGUUUCUGUCCUACGCCAUAAGCGGCAGACCCGCCUGGGCAGUCUUCAAUCCCAUUGUGGACUGGCACAAUGGCCUGCUCAGUCUUUGGGCUCACUGCAUACUCGAGUAUAUAGUGGUAAUGUUUCCAGUGCUGCAGGAUCUGCUGGCGGAUACAUUUGCUUUGAUGUUUCUGACUAUGAUACGCGCGCACUUUGAGGUGCUCAAGGAUCAUGUGCGCAACUUGCGGCUGGAUCCAAGCAAAACGGAGCAGUAUAACUAUGAGCAGCUGGUGGAUUGCGUGCUGGCGCAUAAGCUUCUACUAAGAGGCUGCGACUUGCUGCGUCCGGCGAUCUCACGCACAAUCUUUGUGCAGUUUAUGCUAAUUGGCUCCAUACUGGGACUGACGCUCAUCAACAUAUUUUUCUUUUCGGACUUUUGGCGUGGACUGGCCUCGUUCAUGUUUGUCAUCACCAUAUUGAUGGAAACGUUUCCAUUUUGCUACACAUGCAAUUUGCUAAUUGACGACAGCGAGGAGCUGGCCAACACGCUUUUCCAAUCGAACUGGACGGACGCGGAGCCGCGUUAUAAAUCCACGCUGGUGCAUUUUAUGCAUCAUGUGCAGCAGCCCGUUAUCUUCAUAGCCGGCGGCAUAUUGCCCAUAUCCAUGAGCAGCAAUUUCAGUGUGGCGAAAUUUGCAUUCAGCAUCAUUACCAUAGUGCGCCAGAUGAAUCUCGCCGAGCAGUUUCAGUAGACGAGCGAAUUGACACUGGCUUAAAGCAGCUUAUCCACGCUGCUUAUACAUUAAGCAGAAUUUUCAUCUUUUAUUUAUUAUGCCAAGUAAACAGCCAGGGCAACGCCGCUGCUCCCCCAAAUUCACGCGCGUGCCAAGUGCGCGCUUUGCAAUUGAGGCUAAUACGAGAGCUUAGGGAGACGCUCACACACACACAGGCACACACACAGACGCAUUUGCAUAGAAUUUGUAUAUGUUAUAGUUUAUCUCAGUAGCUUUAGCUGAUUUAGUUGCGCUGCGCAAUUGCUUAGCAAAGAAUGCAUAAUGGAAAUGAAAAGCCGCAAAGCGGCGAACGAAAUUGUUACCAAACAUUUUUGCAAAUUGCGUUAACAAACGGAAAUUACAGCAACAACAAUGCCAAGCCAAGCAAUA